CUCUGGCCGGCGAGAGAGAAGGGCGCGGCGGGCAGAGCGCAGCUGGACCUCGCGACUCUCGACUCCCCGGAGCAGGCAGGUGACGGUGCCCGCUUGGCAGAGAUGGAGAACGCCCUGACGGCCCGGGAUCGGGUUGGAGUGCAGGACUUUGUCUUGCUGGAAAACUUCACCAGCGAAGCCGCUUUCAUCGAGAACCUGCGCAGGCGGUUCAAGGAGAACCUCGUCUACACAUACAUUGGCUCGGUUCUGGUCUCGGUGAACCCCUACAAGGACCUGGAGAUCUACAGUAAGCAGCACAUGAACCGUUACCGUGGCGUCAGUUUCUACGAAGUCUCUCCUCACCUCUACGCCAUCGCUGACAACUCCUACCGUUCGCUGCGGACGGAGAGGAAGGACCAGUGCAUCCUCAUCUCGGGGGAGAGCGGGGCGGGCAAGACGGAGGCCACCAAGAAGAUCCUGCAGUACUACGCGGUCACCUGCCCUGCGAGCGAGCAGGUGGAGACGGUGAAGGACAGGCUGCUGCAGUCCAACCCGGUCCUUGAGGCCUUUGGGAACGCCAAGACUCUGCGCAAUGACAACUCCAGCCGCUUUGGGAAAUACAUGGACGUCCAGUUCGAUUACAAGGGGGCUCCCAUCGGGGGCCACAUCCUGAACUACCUCUUGGAGAAGUCGCGGGUAGUGCACCAGAAUCAUGGCGAGAGGAACUUCCACAUCUUCUACCAGCUGUUGGAGGGGGGGGAGGAAGACCUGCUGCGGAGGCUGGGGCUGGAGAAGAGCCCCCACCAGUACCAGUUUCUGGUGAAGGGCCAGUGUGCCAAGGUCGCCUCCAUCAACGACAAGAGCGACUGGAAGGUGGUGCGCAGGGCACUGUCCGUCAUCAACUUCAGCGACAGUGAAGUCGAGGACCUGCUGAGCAUCAUUGCAAGCGUGUUGCACCUGGGGAAUGUGCAGUUUACAACUGACGAACACGGCAGUGCUCAAGUGACCACGGAGAACCAGAUCAAAUACUUGGCCAGGCUCCUGGGCCUGGAGAACUCGGUGCUGCAGGAAGCCCUGACCCACAAGAAGAUCAUUGCGAAGGGAGAACAGCUGGUCAGCCCUCUCAGCCUGGAACAGGCCUCCUAUGCUCGUGACGCUCUGGCCAAGGCCGUCUAUGGGCGCACCUUCUCCUGGCUGGUGGGGAAGAUUAACAAGUCCUUGGCUUACAAGGAGACGGAGGGCCUGGGCUGGAGGAAGAGCUCCACUGUGCUGGGACUGCUGGAUAUUUACGGAUUCGAGGUUUUCCAGCACAACUGCUUUGAGCAAUUCUGCAUCAAUUACUGCAAUGAGAAGCUGCAGCAGCUGUUCAUAGAACUCACCCUGAAGUCUGAGCAAGAGGAGUACGAAGCCGAGGGCAUCGCGUGGGAGCCAGUUCAGUACUUCAACAACAAGAUCAUCUGCGACUUGGUGGAAGAAAAGUUUAAAGGCAUAAUUUCCAUUCUGGAUGAGGAGUGCCUGCGGCCUGGGGACGCCACAGAUACGACCUUUCUGGAGAAGCUGGAGGAGACCAUUAAGAGCCACCCCCAUUUCCUCACCCACAAGCUGGCCGAUGCCAAGACCCGGAAGUCGUUGGGGCGGGAAGAGUUCCGCCUGCUGCACUACGCCGGGGAAGUCACCUACAGCGUGGCAGGUUUCUUGGAUAAGAACAACGACCUGCUCUUCCGGAACCUCAAGGAGGCCAUGUGCGACUCAGAGAACCCCAUCGUCACCCAGUGCUUUGACAGGACGGAGCUGACCGACAAGAAGAGGCCUGAGACGGCCGUCACCCAGUUUAAGAACAGCCUCUUGAAGCUGAUGGAGAUCCUCAUGUCCAAGGAGCCCUCCUACGUCCGUUGCAUCAAGCCGAAUCAUGCCAAGCAGGCCGGCAAUUUUGACGAAGUUUUGAUUCGGCACCAAGUGAAAUACUUGGGCUUGAUGGAGAACCUGAGAGUGCGCAGGGCUGGUUUUGCAUAUCGGCGGAAAUACGAGGUUUUUCUGCAAAGGUACAAAUCUCUGUGUCCUGAGACGUGGCCCACCUGGAACGGGAGGCCUCAGGACGGAGUGGCCGUCCUCCUGAAACACCUGGGCUUCAAGCAGGAGGAGUACAAGCUGGGCAGGACAAAAAUAUUUAUUCGUUUUCCUAAAACUCUGUUUGCGACAGAAGAAGCCCUGGAAGUUCGCAAGCAAAGCCUCGCCACAAAAAUCCAAGCUGCUUGGCGAGGCUUCUAUCGGCGAAAGAAGUACCUUCAAAUGAAGCAUUCAGCGGUCACUAUCCAGGCCUGGUGGCGUGGUACUCUGGGACGCCGGAAGGCUGCCAAGAAGAAGUGGGCAGUGGAGAUAAUCCGGCGGUUCAUCAAAGGUUUCAUUUACCGAAAUUGCUCCCGCUGCCCUGAGAACGAAUACUUCCUGGACUACAUCCGUUACUCUUUCAUGAUGAGCCUGAAGCGCAACCUGCCAAAGACUGUCCUAGACAAGUCCUGGCCGGUGCCGCCGCCUUCCCUGCGAGAGGCAUCCCAGCUCUUGAGGGAGCUCUGCAUGCAGAACCUGGUUUGGAGCUACUGCAAAAGAAUCAGCCCCGAAUGGAAAAUGCAGCUGGAGCAGAAAGUGGUGGCCAGUGAGAUAUUUAAGGGAAAAAAGGACAAUUACCCCCAAAGUGUUCCUAGGCUUUUCCUCAAUACUCGUCUUGGUAAUGAAGAGAUAAAUGCCAAAAUCCUUCAGGUGCUGGGGAAUGAGGCGCUUAAGUACGCCGUUCCUGUGGUUAAGUAUGACCGCAAAGGCUACAAAGCCCGUGCCCGGCAGCUGCUGCUCACCCAGAACGCUGCUGUGCUGGUGGAAGAAUCCAAAGUCAAGCAGCAGAUCGACUACGGCAACCUCACAGGCAUCUCAGUCAGCAGCCUGAGCGACAAUCUCUUUGUGCUCCACGUGCUUCGCCAGGACAACAAGCAGAAGGGAGAUGUUGUGCUGCAGAGUGAUUUUGUGAUUGAAACUUUGACUAAAAUUGCCAUAAGUGCCAACAAAGUCAACAGUGUUAAUAUCAACCAGGGCAGCAUCAAAUUCACAGUUGGGCAGGGCAAGGAAGGCAUCAUUGACUUCACCUCAGGAUCUGAGUUGCUGAUAGCCAAAGCCAAGAAUGGCCACCUGGCAGUCGUGGCUCCUCGUUUGAAUUCUCGAUGAUGGCGAUGGACACUUCAAGGGGCCGUAGACUAAUUCAGUGAACAUGGUCGCAGGUUUUCCUUGGCCUCUUCAUUAGUGAGGGGCCUCUCUUUGCCCCCGUUCUCUGGCCACCAAUGACCCUC